AUGGCGCUGACGAUGCUGCGGGACUGGUGCGGCUGGAUGGGCGUGAAUUCGCAGCGCGCCGUGCUCGUCCUGGGCAUCCCUGACGACUGCGAGGAGGAGGACUUCCAGGAGGCCCUGCAGGAUGCCCUGUGGCCCCUGGGCAGAGACUUUUAUGGGAACGAACAGCCAGGUCACAAGGAGCCCUUUGAGAGCUGGCUGGACCACGCCAAUGAAAUGCUGUACCUGUGGCGCCACAUAUCAGAAAGGGAGCGGCGGAGGAGGCUGGUGGAGAGCCUGCACGGGCCCGCACAGAAUUUCAUGUAUGGCUUCCUGAAUGAAAACCCUGCCAUCUCUGCUCAGGACUGCCUGACAGCGCUGGCUCAUGUGUUUAAAAACAAGGACACCCUGGCGGUCCUGAGGCUGAAGUUUGUGAAUUGUGCCCAGCAGCCCCAGGAGUCUCUCUUUGCUUAUGUGAUUCGCCUGGAAGACAUGCUGCACGCGGCCAUGGAGAAGGAGGCCAUCCAUCCAGGCUUGGCGAAUGAGGUACGGAGCGAGCAGGUGCUGAUGCGGGGCCGCCCCAAUGAGAAGCUCCAGAACAAGCUGAAGAGGAUGCACCUGGAGGGGAAACCACCUGGCUUCCUGGAGAUGCUUCGGCUCGUUCGGGAGUCAGAGGCAUGCGAGGCCACUCCGACUAUGAGACAGCAGUUUCAAGUGGAAGAACCGGUCUGGGUGGACAUUACAGAACUGGCUGCUGCCCGGGCCACCCUAGCCCGUGAAGGUGCUGCCCAGGCUGCCCCAGCCCAUGAAGAUGUUGGCCAGGUCGCCCCGGCCCAUGAAGAUAGAGCCCAGACCGCUACAAGCCAUGAAGAUGCAGCCCAGACCGCCACAACCAACGAAGAUGCUGUCCAGGCCUCUCCAGCCCAUGAAAAUGUUGGCCAGGCCGCCCCAGCCAAUGAAGAUGCAGCUCAGGAUGCUCUAGCCAAUGAAGAUGUUGGCCAGGCCUCCACAGCCGAAGAAGAUGCAGCCCAGGCUGCCCUUUCCAAGGAAGAUGGUGCUGAGGCCACUCUGGCCAAGGAAGUGGCCAUUGAGGCAGGUCCUGCCACUGCCGAUCCUGAUGAGGCUGCUCCUGAAACCAGUGAUGCCACCGGGGCAGACCCUGCCCCUGAGGACACCACCAAGGCCUCCCCUGCCGUUCAGGCAGAUGAGAAUGUUCUGGCUCCUGCAGGUCUAGGUCAGGCAGGGCCUUUCCCUGCCCACAUGGGCAUUGCUUUUGAGGUGGGCUCAGGAGGUCCUGGCUAUGAGCCAGAGGGCCUGCUCCAGGAAGAAGAGGAGGAGGCCAAGGAGCCCCAUGAGGAGGGGCUCAUUCUCUUACCGGAGGAGUCAGGAAGUGAGGAUGGGUCUGGGGAGAUGAGUCCCCCCGAGCCCUCCUUCGAGUAA